UUGAUGCCGCCCAUUUGGUUGAGGUUCGUGUUCGGAACUGGUGUCUUCAAUGAUGACUGGGCUGAUCGAGUUAUCCAUGACUCUGAGAUGCAGCAUGAAGAAGAAGAACCCGAAGAUCGUAAGACACGGGCUAAAUACAGAGAUGAACCCUACAAUUUAUAUGGCCAGCGUGCCGUGAUGAUAUGGUUCAGGGCCUUAAAGAAAAGGAUUCCACCAUCCUGUACUCUUGCUGUUUUUUGGCAUGUCAUGUUGCAAGGGAACCUGUCCUGCCAUCUGACUUAAUCAAGGGGACACUGGAAGCGAAGAUUCCGUAUAUUUCUGCAUUUAUUGAAAUUGAAAAGCGUCUUGGACGGCCAUCAAGUGCAUGUCCUAUUAGUUCAAGUGUGAUGUUCAAGCCUCAGCGAGUUCUUACGGUACUGAAACUAGAAAAAUUUGCUGCAUCAAUUGCUCAGUUCAUAGGCUUGGAGUUACCUCCAGUGAAUUUCUUUGGAAUAGCACGUCGAUAUCUUCAGAGAUUAUCUCUUCCUUCUGAAAAGAUUCUUCCUCAUGUAAGCCGCAUAUAUGAAUGGGCCAUGCCUCCAGAUUUGUGGUUAUCCUUAUCCGAAAGACAUUUUAAGCUACCUAUUCAUGUUUGUGUGAUGUCAAUUCUGGUUGUAGCAAUAAGAAUGUUGUUUAACAUAAAUGGUUCCGGAGAAUGGGAGAAAAGUUUGUCCAACAAAGGUAAUACCAAAGACAAUGGCGAGAAGGGUACAGCUUUUUCCUCCCGUGAUAGACGUAUUUCUAGUGAAGAAGAUUUGGAUAAAGACAAAAUGAAACAACAGGAAAAUGAAUUAGACACUUCAGGACUUCUCCAACACCUUCAAGCAAUAUAUAAUGAUCUUGCAGAUAUCCCAGAGUAUUCAAAAGACCUGUCAACAUAUCUCAAACACUGUAGGAAUGUUGUCUUUGCUGGGUCAGAGGCGUCAUAUGGGAAUUACGAAGAAGAAAAGAUGAUAGAGUACUUAUGGAACUUUUAUAUGAAUGAAAAGGAUACUAAGCCUUCAGUACAUGGAGAACAAUCUAACAGUUCUUUUAAUCAAACAAGGUCGAGGGAUAAUGCAUCGGUUGGUAGGACAUCUGGGAGGGAGAGGACAAGUAAAGAACAUUCUAAUCAGCCAUCUCUUAAUGACGCCACCAGCCUUGGAAAUCAUUUGCCUGAAAAUGUGGAUAAAGAUGAUGGGGACAAUGACAAGGACGAUGAUUCCUCAAAGAGUUUUAGAGGCAGUGAUGUAUCAGAUUCCAAUGCGCACAGUUCAGAAAAACCUCAUGUCAAGGAAGCCAUUGCACGGAUGAAGUUAGACAUGGAGGAGAAUAGGUUCUACUAUAUACCACCUAUUGUCAAGAAGAAAAGACGACACGAUUAUCUUCACUAUAUGAGGAAGAUAGAUGAAGGUGCCUUGGAGUAUGUUGCUCAUGCUGAUUACUACAUCCUGCUUCGGGCUUGCGCUAGGGUCGCACAAGUUGACGUUCGGAUUAUGCAUAUUGGUGUGUUGAAGCUCGAAAGAAGACUUGCUUGGUUAGAGGAACAGAUCGACGAAUGCUUGCAGUUGAAACCAGAGAAAAUUUCUUGCAAGUUCUGCAGUGAUGCGGCCCCUGAAAAUGAAUCUGAUGAUGUACCUGGGCUGUCAGAUUUGGAUAUUUGA